CAGAAAUUGUAUCAUUGGAUUGAUGGAGAUUAUUAUUUGAUCAGUUUAUUUAAUUUCUGUGAUUUAUUUGAGGUUAAAUUGUUUGGAUUAGUUGAUUGGAUGAUUAAAGUGUUGAUGGUGAACAAUUAAGAAGAGGAAGAAUCAGAGAAAUGAGAUCUAAUCUACUCUGGAAGGAGCAAUUUAAUGAUCGAGAGGGAAGUCCAUUGUGCAUGUAUGAUGUGGCCUUUAGUCCUGAUAAUAAUCAUGUCGCUGCUACCGGAGGGACUAAUAUUUAUAUUUACAACUCGAAGGACGGAGUUUUGGUAACAUCAUUAAAGAAUCACCGAGAAACAGUUUUAGGCUUAUCUUAUUCUAUGGAUGGCCGACGAUUUGCCUCUGGGUCAGCUGAUAAACAAGUGAUUAUCUGGACAUCCAAAUAUGAAGGGAUUCUCAAAUAUUCGCACAAUGAAAGUGUCCGUUGUUUACAAUUUAAUCCAAUUACUGGUCAAUUGGUCAGUUGUGCUAAUCUCGAUUUUGGUAUCUGGUCACCCGAUCAAAAGUCUGUAAUUAAACAUAAAAUCUCAUCACCGAUUAAUUGUUGCGCUUGGUCACCCGAUGGUCAUCAUUUAGCACUUGGUACAAAUGCUGGAUUUAUAUCACUUCGAUCAAGGAUUGGUGAAGAAAAGCAAAGAAUUGAUAAAAUGGGUUCGUCGAUUGGUUCAAUUUGGGGAAUUACAUUUAUCUCCAAUCGGGAAGACGAUUCAAUCACAUUGGUUACUGUUGAUUGGUCUAAAUCAUUGACAUUUUUUGACAUCUCAGGUAAACAGAUCGGUAAGGAUCGUCCUAUUGGAUACGAACCUUUGUCAUUACAAUGUUUCCAAGGCGGUGAUUAUUUACUAAUUAGUGGGACUAAUCGAGAGGCCACUUUACACUCACGGGAGGGAAUUACAAUCGGCUCAGUCCACAAAGAUACCGGGUGGAUAUGGUCAGCGAAACCCUCAUCCGAUGGUAGUAAAGUUGCAAUGACCACUCAAAAUGGUAACUUAAUUGUUUGCGAAUUAAUUUUCUCAACAAUUCAUAGUUUAUAUAAAGAUCGUUAUGCUUAUCGGGAAAAUAUGUCCGAUGAUAUUCAGCAUUUAAUUACUGAAGAAAAAGUUAGGAUUAAAUGUCGAGAUUUAGUUAAACGAUUGGCAAUUUUCAAGAAUCGAUUAGCAAUUCAAUUGUCCGAGCGAAUCGUGAUCUAUGAAUUGACCUCAGAAAAUUUAUCAUCAAAUGAUAUGCAUUAUAAAGUAAAGGAGAAAAUUAAUCAAAAGUUUGAUUGUAAUUCGUUAAUUGUUACAUCUAAUUGUUUGGUAAUUUGCUCGGAAAGGAAAUUGCAAUGUUAUUCCUUUCAGGGUCACCUUGAACGCGAAUGGGUAUUGGACAGUUCAAUAAGGUAUCUACGAGCAGUUGGAGGUUCAAUCGGUCGAGAAUCAAUAUUAAUCGGCCUUAAAUCAGGUCAAAUUGUUCAGAUUUUCAUUAAUAAUCCGUUUCCAGUGAACAUUGUCAAGAUCACGAAUCCAGUUCGAUGUCUUGACCUGAGUAUGUUUCGUAAAAAAUUAUCAAUAGUCGAUGAUAAAAGUAACCUUUAUGUUUACGAUUUAUCGACCAAGGAUCUAAUCUAUCAGGAAAAAAAUGCCAAUAGUGUUGCUUGGAACAGCCAAUUUGAAGAUAUGAUUUGUUAUUCCGGUUUGGGUAACCUUUCAAUCAAAGCUUCAGAUUUUCCAGUUCAUCGUCAACAAUUACAGGGAAUUGUUGUUGGUUUUUGUGGAGCUAAAGUUUUCUGUCUAAAUUACGAUGCAAUCUCAUCAAUUGAAGUGUCACAAUCAGUGCCAAUGUAUCAAUACAUUGAGAGGAAAAUGUUUAGAAAAGCCUAUCAAACUGCCUGUUUAAAGGUGACUGAUUAUGAUUGGGAACAAUUAGCUCAUACAGCUCUUGAUUCAAUUGAAUUAACAAUCGCCAAGAAAGGAUUUACUCGAACUCGAAAUUAUCUUUACCUUGAGCUUAUCCAUAAUUAUCUUGUCUCCGGAUUAACAUCCAACAAAUCAACUGAGAUUUCAUUUCUCGGCGAUGUACUGGCCUAUCGUGGUCAAUUUACCGAAGCAGCUCGAUUAUAUAAACAGGCUGGACACGACGAUAAAGCGGUUAACAUGUACACUGACCUGAGGAUGUUUGAUCAAGCCCAAGAUUUAGUUGAAUCAAGUGAUACCGUUUACAAGAAACAAUUAGCCGUUAAAAGAGCUGAUUGGGUUCACAAUAUAAAUGAACCAAGAGCAGCGGCUGAAAUGUACUUAUCAGCCGGUGAUGUGACCAAAGCAAUUGAGAUAAUGGGUCAACAUGGUUGGGUCGAUAUGCUAAUGAAUGUAAUUCGUACCCUGGACAAAGGUGACCACAACAAUUUAUCCCUUUGUGCCUCUUACCUGAUUAAACAUAAACAAUUUUUCACCGCCGCUGAAGUUUAUGACAAAAUGGGCGAUCAUGUUAAUCUAGCAAAAGUAUACGUUGAAUCAAAUCAAUGGGACGAAGCAUUUAAAUUAGUUAAUCAAUAUCCCGAUAUGAGGGAAACUGUUUAUCUACCUUAUGCUAAAUGGUUAGCAGAAAAUGAUAAAUUCAUUGAGGCUCAACAAGCCUUUCAUAAAGCAGGAGCAAUUGGCGAUGCUUUAAAUUAUCUUAAUCAGCUGAUGGAAAAUGCAAUUAACGAGUGUAGGUUUAAUGAUGCUUCUUAUUAUUGUUGGAUAUUGUCAACUCAAUGUCUUGAAUUAGCUGAAUCUUCAACACCACAAUCAAGCCGACAGAUUAAAUUGUUACAAAAGUUCAAUCAAUUCCAGAAUCAAGCUGAUAUUUAUUUCGCUUACCAUAAUAUUCACAGAUACAUUGAAGAGCCAUUUACCUCAUUUUUUCCUGAUGCACUUUUCUCAAUGGCAAGAUACCUUUACCAUGAAACAUUGGACCUUGAUUUACCUGGAAUAUCAAAAGUGUCAAUACUUUACGCUUUCGCUAAACAAGGUCGCAAUCUUGGUGCCUUCAAAUUGGCUCGACUUAUUUAUGAGAAACUUCAUAAUCUUAAGAUACCAAGUAGAUUUGAAGAGGCAAUUGAAAUGGCCGAUGUUACAAUUAGAGCUAAACCAUUCAGUGAUUCUGAGGAUUUGUUACCAUUGUGUUAUCGUUGCUCAACAACUAAUCCUCUUUAUAAUAGUAAAGGAAAUCAAUGUAUUAAUUGUCAACAACCUUAUAUUUUUUCAUUCGCUAAUUUUGAUAUUCUACCUUUGGUUGAGUUUAAAUUGGAAGAUGAUUUAGAUGAAAAUGAAGCUCUCAAGAUAAUUAAUCACGAAUCGGUUACAUUUAAAAGUCUAUUAGAACCUAAGGUGAAAAAUACUAAUGAUGGUAGAGGAGGAAACGGAAGUGGGUGGAAGGAGGAAUAUGAUUCUAAUUAUCAAGCUCUCAGAUUCGAUGAUAAUGAUCAGUUAAAUGAAUCAAAUUCUUAUGGUAUUGAAUCGGGUGUUGAGAAAAGUUCAUGGGUUGAAGAUCCGUUUACUGAAAGAAUGGCCACUUUUCAAGAAACUGACCUCGAUUAUAAGCCGAUCACAGUUGAUGCCCGAUUAUUGUCCACUAUUAAUCCGUCCGAUAUUCUGGUCGUCAUGGCCUCAACCGUUAAAAUACGUUUCUAUCGUAAUCUAAUGCCCGACAUUCAAAUAUCUUUAUGUCAACAUUGCUUCAGGUUUUUCCAUACAGAUGAAUUAGAGAUGCAAAUUUUACAGAAUGGACAUUGUCCAUUUUGUCGUAAUUCAAGUAAAUUAACUGGAAAUACUUGAUAAUUAACUUGGUAAGUGUUUCGUUUUCAAUGAUAAUCAAUUUGUAUCAACAUGUUCAAUGUAACAAUCUAAUUACAAUCAACUGGUUACAAUUAAAUUUUGAUUCUUUUACAAAUCAAUUACUUUCAAUAUUAAUAUAAGGCAUGAAAAUUUAAUCACCACAGUUUAAUUACUUUAAUCAUUGAGAUUGAUGAUUUAUUUUAAUUGUGCUAAAAUCUGUCAAUGAUUAUCAUUGGCAAAGGUUAAUUGUAAUAAUCAUUUUGUAGCAAUAUUAAUUAAAGC